AUGGGGGUACACACGGGGAGACCUGCGAUCCUGUUUUUUGGGUUCCUGUCGGUGAUCGGCGCCUCCUUCUCGCCCUCCUUCGCUGCAGACAACCUAGAUCAAACGAGCUCGCUGAGGGAUGGGCUAUCCCUCUUGUCCGCUGGUGGGAGCUUCUAGCUCGCGUUCUUCAACCUGGGCGUCCCCGCGAAGAGGUACCUCUGCAUACGUUUUAACAGAGGCAACGAGAAGCCCGUUGUCUGGGCGGCAAAUCGAGAGUCGCCGCUCAACGGCAGCGACGGGAUUCUGAGGUUUGGGGAAGAUGGAAACCUUGUGCUUCUCGACAAGGCCGGCAACAUCGUCUGGUCAAGAAUUCUGAAUUCGAGCACCGGUGGCAACCGCGUGGCUCGGCUUCUGGAGACCGGGAACCUCGUAAUCAGUGACGCCGGCGGAGUUCUUUGGGAAAGCUUUGAUGAACCGGACAAUACGCUGCUCCCUGGCAUGAAGCUUUCGCUCAACACGAAGACCGGAGCCAGAAAGCACCUUACUUCGUGGAAAGCCAUGGAUGACCCGUCCCCAGGGAAGUACACCUCCAGGCUAGUGGUCAAACAUCUACCGACCACUGUUCUGCAGGAAGGGACGACGUUGAUCUUUUCCCCAGGGUUUUGGAACGGGGUCGGAUUCACGGGUUCGCCGUCUCAUAAUGCCAACAACUUCUUCAACUCUAGCGUCGUCUCCUCCGGCGACGAGGUGUCUUACUCCGACAGCCUGAUAGCCGGAACCGGUUCAUUACGGCUUGUAGUGACCCCCUCUGGCUCGAUCAAGCGCUAUGUGUGGAAGGAUAAAGCCGAUAGCUGGACCUUGUUGUGGACUGCGCCGGCAAUCUCCGAGUCUUACGGCCUAUGCGGGCCGUACGGUACGUGCGCGGAGAGCGACUACCCCAACUGCCGGUGCCUUAGUGAUUUCUCCCCCAAGUCUCCGGAGGAGUGGCAGCAGGGAAACUGGACAGGAGGGUGCGUCCGCAACACCGGCUUGAGCUGCAGCGGCGGCGACGGUUUCCGGGCUGUGGAGCCGGUGAAACUCCCGGCGCUGCUAAAUGCCACGGUGACGGAGGACAUGAGCCUGGAGGACUGCCAGGCCCGGUGUGCCAACAGUUGCACUUGCACCGCCUACGGCAGCGGCGACAUCCGCCGAGGAGGAAAGGUUUGCGUAUCCUGGGACGGUGACCUGGUAGAUAUCAUGAACUUCACCUCAAGCGGGCAGGUGCUCUUCCUGCGCGUCGCCGAUGCCAACGGAGGUACCAUCUUUUCUUAA